AUGUCUUUAAAUAAAUCAACAAACGGCGAAGCCGUGAAACAAGAUACAAAUAGUAAAGCUGAGAAUAAAGAUACCACUACACUGAUUCCGAAUGCAACGAGCAAUAAAAAGUUAGAGGGAUCCCCACAAUCGCCCGAAAAAAUAGAACUCACCUUAUCACCGGAACAAAUAACUUCCAAAGAGAAUGAGAACGAUCCAGGAUUGAAUGCAAAUAAUAAUGGUUACUUUAAACCAAGCAAUGAUAGCCCUUCUAGUCCGGCUGUCGAAGCUUCUACAAACACACCUACUGCCAUUAAUACUACUAGUAAUCAACAAGAAAAGACAAUAGCGCAACAGAAUAAACAUUUUCAGAUUGGUGUUAGUGAGGAUAGAAAUAAAAGGUGCAGGCGAACAAUGGAGGACGCGCAUUCUUUCUUUUAUGAUUUCGCGGGGGUUGAGGGUCAAGGGUUUUUUGCUAUUUUUGAUGGUCACGCAGGCAAACAAGCUGCUGAAUGGUGUGGUGAAAAUUUUCACAAG